AUGCGUGCGAUGCAGUUCUCAAUCCGCCGAACAAUCCAGCGGGCCGUCUUGAAGAUUGCAGCAGCUUGCGGCAUUGGCAAAUCGCUUGGAUGCCGUCAAAAAGCCCGCGGCGGCGGUCCCUUUGGCACGCUGGGCCUCGGGUACGUCACCAGCAUUUCCAUAAUUUUCCUGUCUUGCUCGUUUCCGAUUGCUUCCCUACGUGCCUACGGAGUACCAACUCCAACUUACCAAGUACACACCCCUCCCUCCCCUUACAUGUACCCUCGAACCUCAACCCUCAAUCCCUCAUUCCCUCAUCUGCCCGUCCAGACUAAAGACUGGAAGGACGGAGGUGGUCCGUUGAGAUCCAUUUCACUACGAAGAAGGGAUCCUCUCGAUGUAACCACUAACCAAGUCGCAGUUCGUCAAGGGACUUUGUUAGCCGUACGGUCCGUACCAAGAACCGCGCAGAGUCUAUCUGGUUUACCAAGCAGAGAUGAAAGGUUUAACCAAGCGCAUGGUACCUACGUUUUCGUCAUGAGCUGGCCCCUUGAUGGAUGCUUGUGUAACCGAGACCCUCCCCAAAAGACUAAAAAGACCCAACCACAAGGUUCAACCGUUCGAGAGAGGGCAAUGAUGCAGGGUCGCAGGGUUGAUUCCUGUCCCUCAACUCCCCCGGGGGGUGGGGGGAUAAUACAGCCAGCCGAUACGGAGUACAGCCAGCCACUUCGGCCCCCAAAAGGUCUCUGGUACCUACGUCUGUCGAGGCCCAGCUGGGGGUUCUUGCUCACACCGAUUCGAUGCCGCUACUGCGGUGAAGAGAUGUGCGCCCAGAUCUUAGGGAAAAAAGAAGACAUUUCUCCUUCAAAGUUUACACUACCACGACUACCUAGUGUCUUGUACGCCUUUUUCCCUUCCAUCCAUCCAAUCCAUCCAUCCAUCCUCUUGCCCACCCCUGUUCCCUUUCGCCCUGCAAUACGCUCGACCCGACCUAGUCUUCUGCCCUGCCAGCGCGCCAUGCCUUUCUUUGAUACCAGCCUGCCAGGGGGUGCUCUUGCACCCUUAAGGGUCCAAAGGCAAAAAGUCCCUCGAAGGCAUCUCCCUGUACCUACACCGUUCCUGUGUAGCGAGACAACGUCUCUCUUUCUCAAUCUCUCUCUGUCUGCCGCUGCCGCUACCGCUGCUGCUGCUAAGCUGGUCUACCACCCUGGCGGUGGCAGCUCCGAUGGUGUGGUCUAG